AUGGAGCCUUCUCGGCCUCAAAGGAGGCUAGAGCACGAAGAUCGAGUAUCUUUCGGUGGCCAUUCAUCUUUCUUGAUUCCAGAAAAGGGGCUAUCCGACCCUCAGACAAGCGGGGCCAGAAUUGGUGGCAAUAUUCCAACUCAGCCGAAAAACCAUGGGGCUUGCCCGCUGCCGCCAUCAGGACCUUACCAGGGAUCGAGACCACCAUCUAAUCACCAUCACGGUGCUCAGAAUGUCUCUUUACUAGCAGCACCGACACGCCCUCGCCGCGGACCUGGCCCACGAGAAUCUUGGAUGGGGACUCCCCCGGCACGCCGCGGACUGCUUGCAACUUCACAAGUCCCACCAGCAGGCCCUCGUGCUUCUUUCUCAUCUCCUAUAUCGAGUAGCGGUUACCGACAUCCAACUUCCCGGCAACUUAGUACUCCGUCUAUAAAUCAGCCCUUGGCUCAGAAGGGGACAAAUCAUCUUGCAGGGCUUUGUACUGUCAUAUUGGAAGGCCGGAGUCUUCCAUCUCUUCUGGAUCCUGCUGCGGAGAAGCGGCUUAUUCAACUUGAUGUGGACAAAGAGAAACUCCUGGAGCAAAUGGCGGAGACACAACGAUCUAAGCGAGCGGGGCUUCGGGAUUGGGACAAACUUGAUCGUGAAAGCUCAAUCUGUGCUCUCAAGAGCGAGCUGGCUGAGGGUCAUCUUCAGCGAAUGGCCGAUGAGAGCAUUGGAUCUGCAACUUUGUUUUAA